UCUCUCUCUCUCUCGUUAUAAUACACACCACAAAAAUCAAAUCGUUUUUCUGGCUGAUUUCUUGUAGCCUCCGAUCAAAUCUUUCCUCUUUCCCAGCUGUAUUUCUCGUUUCUCGCCUGAAAAUGUUUCUGACGGAGACCGCUCGCCGCUUCCCUUCUCUCACCCCCCGGUUCUUUGCCGGAAAACGAUCCCCGCCGGCCUCAAAGAAUCUCGAGCGUGUCUCUCAAUCCUUCGAUGAAAACCUCCUCCGUCGUCUCAAGACCCUCAAUCCACCUUCGAUCAAUCUCUCCUGGAUCUCCCUUGCCGUCGAUUUUCUCUGUUACAUACACACAGAAGCGGAAAACUUGGUUUCCGAUCUGAAACUCUCGGGCUCUGAGAACUCUCUCGCUUCCUAUUUGGAUGAAAGUGUGAAGCUAUUGGAUCUUUGUAACUCGAUCGUUAUGGAGAUCGAACGAUUGCGACAAGGUCGGCUUCUGAUAGUCUCAGGGAUCCAACGGUUUCAACGAUGUCAGAAUCAGAAUCUGGCACCGGAGGAGCUAUGCCGCGUCAGGGAUUCGCUUUCCGAUUGGGGAAAUCGCUCGUUUGUUCACACAAAUCGGAGAUUACAGAGCCCAGGUGAGCUGAUCCGAGAUCUCGCUCGUGGACUAGGCAGUUCUCCUAGUGGCAAGAUCAAGACCGUUGGUGAUGUCGUUAAACGCAUGAUCUACACCGUCGGAGCGAUGACUGUUCUCGUCGCCGGAGUCAUGGUUUCGGCAUUGACCGAGUCAACUGAGACGAUUCAAGUCCGAGUCCCUGCCGAGUUCUCUUGGUCUGACGCGUUUAAUGGUUUGGCUUCGGCGGUUUCUGUAGAGAUCGAGAGGCGGUUCAAGGACGCUUCAGAUCGCCGACGGUUCGUGGAUGAUGUGGAUGACGUGGAGAAGCGCGUGCGGAGCGUUUGUGACGUCAUUAAUAAUGUGGUUGGAGGGGGAGUAGGUGAGGGAAAGGAGAGGUUGGAGAGUGGUUUUAAGGAGUUGGAGGAGAUGACGGUAACGUUGACGGAGCGUUUGGAUCGUUUUUCUGACGGCGUUAACGGAUUCUUUCGCACGGUAUUGAGUACAAGAAAUAGUCUUUUGGGAAAAUUCAGGGUGGGUUCGGAAAUGAGAUUGGAACAGAAAGGGAAGAUGUAGGGAAAGGGGAAAAUAAUAAUAAUAAAUUUUUUUUUUUCUUGGGUAUACAGUUUGUAAGAAGGAAAAUAUACGGUUGGGAGGAAAAUUGUUCAGUGAGCAGAAGGGUUGAGGUUGUAAAUGGCAAGGAAAUCUGAACAGUUAAUGAAAUUUACAAUGUAUUUUCACUGA